AUGGAAUACAUCCAGGGGGUUACACUCCAAGCUAUAUGGGCUAGCCCCAAUUUAUCAUCUACUGAAAAGCAUGCUAUUGUUAAACAAGUUGCUGCUUACAUCGAUCAACUCCGACUUCUUGAGCCGCCACAGAAAGGGAUUGUUGCUUCAGCAGGACUAGGACAAUGUCUUGACUACCGUGUGGGGUACAAUGCUUUUGGCCCCUUUUUCAACAAUGAAGAAUUUCAUUCUUUUCUCCGCGGACAAAUCCCAUUGGAGGAUUGUACACAAGUGUAUGGUGAAUCUGUCACGCAGUGCCAUUCUCGCCAAUACCGGACCUGUUUCACCCAUGGAGAUGUUUGCCCACGUAAUAUCAUUAUACGCAACGGUGAUAUUGUUGCAAUUGUUGAUUGGCAAUUCGCUGGGUGGUAUCCGGAAUACUGGGAAUAUACAAAAGCGCAUUUUGGACUUUUCAACAUGCCGGACUGGUAUGCCGAGUUUCAGAAUGCUGUGCCUAGAUACGAUGAUGAAUUGGCUGCGGAACGUGCUCUCUGGGAGCAAUUUGAUCAACCGGGAAUGUUGCAAUGA